UCCCAAACGUCUGCUGUCAACGUUACGUUUGUGCUGUCAAAUUUUUCCUUUGGCUGCGGUUCUGUCUCUUUCCACGGCAAUUGGCUCAAUUUUCACAUAGUGUAAAACCGACGCGCCGGCAAGUGUGACUGACUGCAAAGAUGAAUCCGGAAAAGCUGAAGAAGAUGCAGAGCGAGGUGCGCAUCGGCGGCAAGGGUAUGCCCCGCCGUAAGAAGAAGAUCGUCCACACGAGCUCGGCCGUCGACGACAAGAAGCUGCAGCUGUCGCUGAAAAAGCUCGGCGUGAACACGAUUCCCGGCAUCGAGGAGGUGAACAUGAUCAAAAACGAUGGUACCGUGAUCCACUUCAACAACCCAAAGACACAGGCAUCCCUGGGCACCAACACGUUCGCCAUCACCGGUCACAGCGAAACGAAAAUGAUCACGGAAAUGCUGCCCAACAUCAUCUCCCAGCUCGGUCCGGAAGGUUUGAAUCAGCUGAAAAAGCUGGCGACGGCGGCCGCCGCCGAAGAGGAUGACGAUGUGCCGGAGCUGACCGAGAACUUUGAGGAGGUGUCGAAGAAGGAGGCGGAAACAAAAGAAGCUACUGCUGCCGCCACUUCCAGCACUAAGGCGCCCGAGGUUCCAGCUUCUUCAUAAGCACAUAACACAAACACACACACACGCAGACAGAUAGGCUCGCUGCUCUUAAGUAAUACAACCUUUUUCCCCCCUUUUGCUCUAGUAUAA